ACAAAGAUGGCGGCGCCGAGAGGCUCCUGCGGUCGUUUGAAUUCCAUCCCCGCCGCCAAACUCGGACAAUAACAGCUAGUGUCGCCAGCGGAGAAGUCGCAGCUGCCCGCCCGUCCUCCUCCUCGCCCAUCAUGGACUCCUUCCCGGGGGAAGACCCCACCUUACCUGUGGAAUUCAACGGCAGUGUCAACAUUUCCCGACUGCCAGAUGUCUCAGGAGAUGAAAUUCGUAUCCCUUUGGGAGGUGGCGGAGCGUUACCAGAUGUGGCGGAAGAUGCAGUUUCACCAACCAGAGUACGGACCAUGAAGGAUUUUGAAAAUCAAAUCAUUGAGCUGCGAAAAGAGAAUUUCAACCUGAAACUGCGCAUCUACUUUCUGGAAGAACGAAUACAGCAGAAAUUUGAUGGUCCAAGUGAAGAGAUCUACCGAAUGAAUAUUGAACUCAAAAUUGAAUUGGAAAGCCUAAAACGAGAGCUGCAGGAACGGGAACGGUUGCUCAUCAAGGCUUCGAAAGCAGUGGAAAGCUUGGCUCAGGGUGGUGAUGCUGAAAUCCAGCAUGUGCAGGAGGAGGCGCAUAAGAAGGUUCAGCAAGUUGAAGAACAUUUGACCAGCAGAAUGAACCUUUUGGAAGAGGACCUGAAAACUGCACAUGAAGAACUAGAAAAAGCAUUUGCGGCAACAAAACGGGAGCGGGCUCUAAGAAUGGCUGCUGAUCGUCAGCUCUCUUUGCUUACAAAUAUCCCACCUAAGGAUCUGGAUAUGAUGGCGGCACUCGAAGAAAAAGACAGGUGUAUAGAACAGUUGAGACUGUUGUUGAAAAACAAAGAAGCUCUCAUCCAGCACCUGGAAGAGGCCAAGUCUAGUGGUGGAUUUUCUGAGGAGAAUUUGUCAGCAGAGAAAACCCAAGAUUUGAUGGAUGAAAAAGAGCAGGAAUUUGAGACUCUCAGAACAAAGCACCAAAACGAGCAGAACGAGUUAGAAAAACGAAUUCAGUCACUCCAGGAGGAGCUGCAGGAACGGCAGAGGGAGCUUUCUGUGGAAAGGAGAAAUGCUUUGAAACGAGACAAAACCAUCCAAGGGUUAACAGUUGCUUUAAAGGCCAAGGAUGGCGAGAACAAAGAGCUCAAUUAUAAAUUAGAAAGCUUGAAUGCCUCAUUGGUCAAGACCAGAGAGGUCACCCAUGAAGCUCAGAUGCAGACGUUCCAGGGUACUGAAGAUUACCAGGCCCUCUUGACCGAAAAAGAAAACCUCCUGGUGGAGCUGCAUUCUGAAAUCCGGACCAAAGACAUGGAGAACCAUCAGCUCCAGCAGAGGAUUGAGAGGACCGACCAAGAACUGACUGAUCUGCAGGUUGAGAAGGAGAGGCUGGUGAAGGAGCUUGAGGAAGCCCAGCUGCCGAAGAGUAGAAGUGACAAGCCUGUCGGUGAACUAGAUGGGAUGAUUAAAGGAAAGGAUGGGGAGUUUCAGGAACCGUUGGAGAGGCCUCAAAGUCUUUUAGAUGAUCACGUGAUUCUGCAGAGGGAGAAUGAAGCCUCGGCAAAGGAAAAGCGUGCUGUUGAAUCUCCGCAUGCCAUGAUUAAAAUGUUCCAGGGAUUUGAGCAUGCAAAAGAAUCUGAAUAUGCAGGAGUGAUUGAAGCCCUAAGAAAAGAACGUGACGUUUUUUCAAAUCUGAUCAAGUCGCUGAAAGAUGCGGAAGGGAUAAAUAACCUGCAAGCGGAGCUGAACAACAUUUCUCUGUUGCGCCGGCAACUGGAAGAUGACAUCUUGGCAAACUGGAAUUUGCGGAAAGAACUGGAAGAGCAAAUCAAGGCUAACAAAGGGGAAGAAGAAACAUUGUUCUCUUGGGGCGACCAGACUUCUUACAUGAGCAUUUGUUUGGGUGAACAAGAUCCCUGGAACUUGCGGAUCGACCAGCUGUCUGUGGAAGAACUCAAGAAAAAGAUUAUGGAACUCCUUUUGAUGCUGAAGGAGCUGCAUUUGGUCAAUCAAGAUCUCAGGCAGAGGCACCCGGACGGCUCCAGGUUGGAUUCUGUAGCAAAGGAAACACUGCAAACAUUUGACGAGAGUGAGUUUCUUAAAAUAACAGAAGAUGGCAAGUCUGAAACGGAAGCUUACGAUGAAGAUAUGAACACCGUGAGUUUUCAGAAUCCUGAGGAGGAAAGCAAGGUAAUUCCUUUAGACUCUUCAGACAGACAGAGCUGGAAUUCCAGUAAGCUUGGAUCUGAAAGCGAUCCAGCUGCCGACGACUGCUUUGGAGCAGGCAAGACGGGCAAACACGAAGCUCAAGAAAGCAGUUCGCUCAUGUCUCUUUCAAAUGAAAACGGAGCAGUGGUACUUGACUCGAGACAAGAGCACAUGAAAUCUGCAAAUAAGCUCUUAGAUCAUCUGAGCCCAACUGAGCAAGACAGGUGGAGCGAGGAUCUGGAGAAUAAAGAUGAGAAAGAUCUUAAGCAACUGAUUAUUCAACUGCGGGCUGAACCCCAACUCUGCACAGAAGUAAAUAAAUUCGUCAAACAGCUGGAGGAAUUGAAGUCAGCUUUGGAAGAGAAAGCAUUGCUUGAUCCCACUCCAGAGCUGGGGAUGAAUGCAAAUAUUGGAUUUUCAAAAGCAGAAUUGAAAGAUUCGGCUACACAGACAAUGGUUGUGGAGGGGAAAGGCAUGGGACUGAAACAUGAAGGCAGUAUCGUAAGCUCUGAAGACAAAGGCAAAUCUUCACAAUUAAACCGAAAGUGGGAACAGUGGCAAGAAACCGCAGCUCUGAACAGAACAAAUAAAGGUGUUUCCAAUUAUCCAGCCAAGAAAUCCCGUUUGCCCGUUUUACUGAAAUCAUCGAGGUCACUGGGAAACAUUCCCUUAAGCACCCACACAAAGAAGCAGGACAUGCACCUUCAAUAUCGCAUCCUCACCUUGGAUGAGGAUCUGAAAGACAAAUGCGACCAACCUGAGUCCCUUCACGAUGAAUCACAGUUGAGCGAAGCUGCAAAUGGGAGACCAGAACAAGAAGGGGCAUUCGUAGGAGCUGAAUCCUUGACCCAGCUGGAUUGUUCGGAUGCAAGCAUUAGUUUGGUCAGUGGUGACAGCAAAGAAGAGAUGAGCCAGGACCAGAGCAAAGGCCAAGAAACAGAAGAUGCUGUACCCGAGCCUUACCAUCCUGCCGCGAAAGUGCAAAAUCAGGAGGUUUCUUUCUUGGAUAAACCAGAUGUUGACUCAUCCACCACAUAUUCCAGUUCCAAGAGCCUGCUCUCUCUCAAGCUGAGCAUAACAAGCACAGAAGCUUUUGAUGUCGACUCUACAGAUGAUGUCGAGGAACUGCGGCAAAGAGUUAAGGAUCUGAAAUCCGACUUGGCAAAGUACAGAACGCUGCUGCUCUAUUUGCAGCCCGCUAUGCAGCUCCUCCCUGGGGACAUUCGCGGUAUCGUCCAGGGGGUUGGAGAGUUGCCCAUGGAUAGCCACUUUCUCCCAGUAUUAGACAUUGGUAAACAGGAGGCAGAGAUGUUAUCGGGCAGCCACCGACAAAUCGACUAUCAAAGCAACAUUGAGAAUCUGACCUCUCGAGCCACAGAAAAUCAGAACGAAGUCACCGUGGAGCGGCUGAUGGAUAACGAGGCUGAGCUUGAGAAAGAGCAGAUUGCAAAUAUGCACCUCCUGGAUGAAGUGUAUUGUCUGCAAUAUAAGCUCAAUGAUAUUUCGCCAUUGAGGCACGAUACUCUGAUCCUCUCACUGCAGCAUGAACACUCCAGCCAGCCCCAGAAAAUUCAAGACAGCCACAGCGUCUGUGAGACUUACCGCCAGCACCUCGCCAGCCUGAUCAAAGCGUUUGAGGAACUCCUGCAGGCCAGCGAGGUGGAUCACUGCGUUGCUGAAGGCUUCCGCGAGCAGCUCAGUCAAAGCGUCCAGCUGUUUGAGAGGCUGGAGCAGCAGUGCGUCUACGGGGAGUCCAUAGAUGAUGAAAUGAGUGAACUUCGCAGGGUCACCCGAAGCUUUUCCAACUUCGAGACGGCCGAAAACUCGCCAGAGCAUAACACAGAAGGCGUAGCACGAGUGAAAGAGCCGCAGGCAGGUGUGCCAGCCAAGUUUCCCCCAGAACUGUUAAUGGAGCAUCUCCAAGAAAUUCGAAUGCUGAGGCAUCAGCUUGAAGAAUCCAUCAAAACCAACGAUCGCUUGAGAAAGCAGCUUGAGCAGCAGGUGGCAGACUCCGCCCCCGACCAAGGUAGUUCUGCAAACAUUUGUAUCCAUGGCUCGGAGCACCAUAAUUCCCUGACUUCUGAAAUUCAUUUCCUGAGGAAGCAAAAUCAGCUUCUGAAUGUAAUGCUGGCAAAAGGAUCUCGAGACAAGCAAAAGGAAAACGAGAAGCUGCGCGAGUCGCUUUCAAAGAAGCACGUCAUUGUUGAGCGCCUGCACAAGGACUACGAGCAUGUGAAGAAGGAAAACGAGAAGCUGCAGAAACAAGUGGGCAAGAGGGAGGAAGAGAACGGGCAGCUGACGCAUGAAGUGUAUAAUAUCAGAAAUGAGCUAAAUAGGCUGCAGACGGAGCUGAACGCAAAGCAGCACCAGCAGUUGGAGAACGAAAAAUUACUACAGUCCCUGCAACUCGAGCUCAAGGUGUAUGAAAAGUUAGAUGAAACAAUCAGAAGUCGAAAAGAUCUCGGCCGUGACGGAUCAGACGAGUGCCGGAAAGAUCAGAACGGCCCACUUGACUUGCAUGAGCUGUUAACUGAAAUACGGGACUUGAGAACACAGCUUGAAGGAAGCAUCCAGGCAAACAGGGCCUUGCACGUAAAAUUAGAAGAGCAGCUUUCGAGAGGCAGGAGAGAAAAAGCCGGCUCAGGGUCAACUGUGAAUAUCAACUACCUUUUGAAACAGGAACUGCAGCAUUACACUGGGAUAAACGAGUUCAAAUUCCCCGCUGCCGACAGCAAUGUCCUUGACUUACAGCAGAAAUACGGAUGCUCCACAUCACCGGUAAAAGCAGAAGCAGAGCUAUCUUUGGAUGAUUCAGAUGGAUCUUCCCAGUUCAGCUCCCAGUCUUGUGAGCCUGGUAUUGUUCCUGGUCAUUGCGUCUGGGCAGACAAAAAUGGAAGACACAUCCUUGGCUUGGUUGAGAACUAUAAUUCUUUACGGAAGCAGAUCUCUGGAACAGGAAAGCUGUUAUCCGAAUUGGACCUUCCUCUGAAAGCCGCGGAACAUCAGGAGCGUGGAGUGAAGGUUGCAUGCCAAGCAUCUCUGGACAGGCAUUCUGCAGCCAUCUGCGCUGCACGGUGCAACUUGGAAGAAGCGGCUCACCUCUUGAAGCUCUUUUGGAGAAUCUCCUUGCCUAUGAAAGUGGUCCAUAAAACUGCUUACUCUCUUCAGGAUGAAAGCAUGAAAGCAGAGCUGCAUCAGCUCCGGAGAAAACUGGCUACUCAGGAGAAGACAUUGCACAGUACUAUGAUGCACUUGCGCUUGACCAACCAGCUAAAAGAAAACAUGGAGAAAGUCAUCAUCAAUCAAUUGGCCUUAACUCACGAUGUUUUAAAGAAGGCAAGAGGAAACCUGCAAGUUCAGCCAGAGAACAAAAUCUCAAACUCCUGUUUCAGCACAAACAAGGUUUUGUGAAGACCUUGCUGCCCCAAUAAAGGCCAUUAUUCCAUGCUGACCCUCUUUCUUUCGACUGUUUUCUGUCUUUCAGGGCCUUGUAAUUUAUUAUCUUUCAGACUGGUUUAUUCAGAGUAUCCUUUGCAUCCUACACUUUUGUGUGUGGAGCGGGAAGCAUUUGAGAAAAAUAACAUAUUUUAGAUCUGGUUUUGAAAACUGGGAUUCAGAUGUAAUCAAUGUCAAGAAGAUUUUAAAAUAGGAUAUAGUUGUAGGUUUUUUUAAAAAAAUUAAAAAAUAAAACCUCUGGAAGGUUCUUGGGGUUUUUUUUAAGUCACAAGGUACGACGUUUAUUAAUGUUGGCAAUCACAGCGCAAAACACAGAUCUCUUCUCAGCGCAACGAAACGGCAACAAAAGCUGCGCGCCAGCAAUUUAAUUUAGGUCUGUUGUGCCUGGAUGGGUUUUUUUGGAAUGUGGGAAACCUUGAAUAAUAUUUUAAAGUGUUGUGAUUAUUUGCUUGAAGGGUUUCGUGGGAAACUGCCGUAUGCGGCUGGCGAGUUUCUAAUCCAGUUCAUCACAACAAUCUGAUGCCGGGUUAGAAAAAUGUUAACUGAACCAGAUGCUUAUUUUGUAAGGGUAGAUUAAAAAAAAAAAGUACAAGGGAAAAAAAUUAAGUUUUGGAGGACUGCAGGAGUUGCUGAUUCAGCGGCCCUUGUCUGGAAAUAUGUAUGCAGCCGGAGAGUUAAGGUAAUGUUAACCUUCUUAGCAGGUACACUCAAUUGGGAGCCAGGAGAGUCCCAGCUUGGGCUACAGGCCCAUGACCACGGCACGAUCUGUUUCUGACCCUUCAUAAAAUAGAACUUUUUCUUUCAUGACUUUUGAGGUUAUAGGCCUGGGCUAGGACUUAGUGGGGUUGAGACCACUAUUCAACAUUUGUACCAGGCCCAAAGAAAAGUUCUUAGCCGUUUGGCCCCAAGUGGAACAGUUCACCCAGCUUUUAGAUGUCUAUUUUAGAGACUAUUUAUAAAUUCUGCGGACUGACUUUUAUGAUAAUUUUUACUACAUGUGAGCAAUGUAGUAGGCUGAAUUCAGCGCCUAAUGCAGAUGUAUGUUUCUGCAGUAUGAGACUUCUAAUACAUACGUUUCGCAUUUAUGUAACUUGAAUGAAUGAUUUGUUAUGGCUGUCAAAACCACCACAAAGGGAAUUUUUCUAGAAAUGUUCCCAAACCUCAUUAUCGAAAUUUUCACUUUUUCCCAAUUUUGCUUUUGUUCUCUUAAACCGUGCUUGUAAAAAACAAUUUGGGAAGCAGUCCAGAGGAAUGAGAAGCUUGUGGCCUCUUAAGAGGCAGAAGAGAUUUCUUGUCGCAUAAAUGCUUGAGUCCAUUUGGUCAGGUGCACAUAGACACAUGCAUGUUUCACAUGAGAGUAAAGAAUAAAUUCUAAGCAGUGGGGCGAGGAAGGCAGCAAGAAGUCUAGACUGGGACCGCUCUAUGAACCCAUUGACUGUUCUCAACAGUAGGAAUUAAUAACAACACACUGUUCAUGAUUUAACUACAAGAUCAAUUGUAGGAGAAACAAUGACUUGAUUUUGAUGAAGCCUUAAAUCUGGUGGUUGCUUUAGAUCUUGCGAGGUUUUAUAUAGAAAAAGGACCACAGUGAUUUAAGCGCUGGGAUAAAAAUGGGCUCAAGCAGGUCAACAAAUUAGAGCUCGCCUUGUGAGAAAGGCCUGUUUACCAGACUGGAUUUCCCAAAUUUCUAAAACUAGAGAGUAGUUCGGACCAAAGAAUUCCAUCCGGGGUUUGUGCUGUGGAAACCAGAAGCACACUAGAAAGCAUGGGUUGGAUCCAUCCAACUUUAUGUCCCAAGCUCACCUUUUAUCCUUACUUCAGUACCUGUCCCAUAUUACAUCACCUGCUCAUUCAGGUACUACAAAUCACCAGCAUAACUUUUUGUGUGUGUUAAAGGAGAUCCCUCCUCUCUUUGUCACCAGAAGAAAAGCUGGUAGGGCCAACGAUGUCUUCUGUUGGCCCAAAUUUUCUAUCCACAGAACUCUUUCAUCACAUCAAAGUCCUGUGUUACUCAGAGGUUUGCAGACAGUUGUUUCCAAAAGACUAGUGAACUGGCACCGAAUCAAUCAACAACAAAAAGGCAGAUGCUACAAAGAUGCCAAGUAUUGAAUUUUCUAAUUCGAGUUAGCUAGUCUCAAGAAAAAACUUAACAGCCAGAUGAAGACCACAAGCUGCAAGUGUCAGGCAGAAGAAAUCAGGUCAGUUACCAGGUGUACCUGUUCUUGGAUUCUGGUUCUGGAAAUGGCCAUUCCAACAGAAACAGUUCAUAGGCAUGUUCUGAAUUCUCCAGCAGUCUUUAUCAAGUUGAAUUAUUCGGUCCAUGCAUUGCUGCUGUGGUCACAGGUGGUUAUUUUGUUGAGCGGGAACUGAUAUUCACGACAUUUUGUAUAUCAUUGUGAUGCUAGAUGCAAAAAAACUGAAUUGAAUUAAAAGAGAUGAUGUGUGUGUGUACUAAAUGCCGAUUUAAUAAAUCGAUCGCUUUAUUUAAAAAA